UGCUCACCGAAAGGCGCCGCAACCAACCAAAAGCUGGAAUGUCGGAUCUCCGCUCCCGCAAGAACAGAAUAGAUACGAUACACACUACGUGCAGCGCGGUCGACCACCUCCCGUGCAUAUAUAAAUCCAGCACGACCAAGGUGCGCAAGACGGAAAGAGAAACGGUACCACAUGGACGCGCUCUUCGAGCAACUCUCUGCCGUCGCGGACAUGGCUCUCGACGGCCGGGGCUUCGACCCGGCGCGGCUUGCCGGCGUCCUCGCGCUCUUCGAGGGCGAGGCGCACGCCUCGUGGGCGGCGGCCGAGGCGGAGCACGAGGCGGUGGCCCGGGGCACCGAGGCGGCCGUGGAGACCGCUCAGGGCCACCUGAACGCCGUCAUGGGCGCGGCCGUCGGCAAGUACCGCGGCUCGUCCGGCGAGGCCGACGCGCUGUCCGCGGCCAGGGCGGCCAUGGAUAUGGCCUUCAAGGCGACGUCCGGGACACGCCCCUCGUGAGAUCGAGCGGGAAAGAUCUGUGCGCGCACGCACCGCAAGAUCGAUCGGUACACUCCCAUGAGCAUGCAUGUACUCCUAUGUGCCUGGCUGCAUGGCUGGGCUAUGAGACUAUGACUAUGAUGAUGUACUAUACUCGUAUGGACACCAGAGCUAGUGAGCAGAGCACCUGCGUUGUUGUCCUCGUGUCCAUGGCUGUGCGCAUCGGCAUGUGUAGUGUCAUUUCCGAACGGAUGCACACGGACUGGUCCGUGGCGGCUCCGUGCCGUUCGUGCACCGCCAGACCAGGUGCGACCUGCGAGUGCACGGGUCCAAGUCCAACAGGUGGCGACAGUGAACCGCGAGCGGAAAAACCGCACCUUGCCAGUUUCUUUCCGGCGCAGCAGCGCGUGCUGCCACUCCGACGCCUUCCUCGGCGCCUGCCCCCGCACUCCCCUUCCGCUUCGGCUCCCAACCUCCCAGAUUCCCAAUCCCCCCCCCCCCCCCCCA